AGAUUUACGAAAAUGACAAAACCUGUUUUCGGCGUUUUAACUGGUAUUACAUUCUGUGUUUUGCAGUUGGUUGCAUUCUCGUAUGCCGACCUUCCAGCUAUUGGAUUCAGUGCCAAGCUUUCCCGUAAUAUCCAGUUAGGAAAGGGAGAAGCGGUUAAGUACGACACCGUGAUCACCAAUAAGGGUAAUGCUUAUAACAGAUGGUCAGGACAUUUUACAGCGCCCCUUAAAGGACUCUAUCUGUUCUCCUGUACCAUACUGGCUCAGCAUCGGUACCACGCACACAUUGAAAUAAUGAAAAAUGGAUCGAAAAUCUCCACCUUAUAUUCCAGCACGACUGACCAAAGUUCGCAGACCAUUGUCCUAGUUUUACGUGAGGGAGACACUGUUUGGACAAGACAAGCCUGGACCGGGAGGCAUCUGCAUGACCAUGUGGGGUACAAUAUGUUUACCGGAGUUCUGAUAUCAGAAAAUGUCUAAUGGUUUUAUUGAU